AUGGCACUUGCUACAAGUGACCGUCAAAUCGCUAAUGGCAUUGUUACUAACCAACACAAGCCUGGUGUACAAUGCGACAAAUACACUGACUUACAGUGUCCAAACAAUCAAGUCACCUUCUGGCUCUAUACCAGGGAUCGUCAGAAUGAUGGUUAUCAGUUGAACCCUUGUGACGAAUCUACGAUACGAGACGCACCCUUCAUCAGGAACCUGCCUGUCAAGGUCCUUGUCCAUGGAUACACCAUGAAUAAGGACAAAGCCAUCAACGAAGAACUUAGGCCUGCAUACUUCAAGAGCGGUGAUAUGAACAUAAUCUCCGUUGACUGGAGCCCCAUCAGCAAGGAACAUUGCUACACCGAGGCAGCUUACAGUAUCCCCACAGUAGGCAAGUGUGUGGCGGAGUUCUUAAAACAAGUGCAGCGAUUACGUACAGACUUGGGACAGAUGCACAUGCUGGGCCAUAGCAUGGGAGCGCAUGUAGUGGCCUGGGCCUCUCUAGACCUUGACUUGGCCAGAGUUACACAGUUCGACCCGGCUUUACCCUUGUUCUCGGACUCCGACAAACACCUGUUCCGCAGACCCAGGGGUACCAUGGUCGACGUCUGGCAUUCCAACAGUGGGCUGAAGGGCAGAGAUGACGCUAGUGGCACUGUGGAUCUCUACUUGAACGAUGAGAUGAACCAGCCAGGCUGCAGCUGUGACACCAGCUGUUCUCAUCUGCGAGCUGUCAAGUUUUACGCGGAAACGGUGGCCGACAAGAAGCCGUUGAAGGCUUUCCCUUGCCAAGGCUUCGAUGAGUAUGUGGGAAACUCAUGUAUGAUGCCCACGAUGGAAACUCUCGCUGACUUCGGGGAAAGACCUACUGAAGGAGUAAACGGACCGUACUUGACCUUUACCAAUGCUGCGUCACCAUUCUUACUAAAUGCUGAGGCGUUCACUAACCAAGAGUCGUACGAGAACUUCAAGAAAACACGUGAUAGCAAUUGUCCCCAACAUGACUUCUUCAAAAUUGUAGGAGAAAUAGUCAUAGGAGCAUAAAACGCUUUUGUGUUGUAUAAUAAAGAUACCCAAUUA